AUGGGUGAGUUCCAGCGACUCUAUCAAAACCAAUUGUCAGUUGACCAAUAUGAAGCGAAGUUCGCAGAGCUCUUUAGGUACGCACCAAGGUUAAUUAAGGACCCAGUGGACAGAGCGAGGAGAUUCCGAGAUGGUUUAAAAUCGAAAAUUAAAGACCAGCUGGUGCCCUUGAAUCUCAAGGAUUUCAAUGAGCUAUAUGAGAGGGCCCAUCUGAUUAAGAGGAAUUUGGCCGAACAGGCAGCCGCAUCUAGAUCGCGAUUUGCAUUUAAUAGGGAUAAUCGUCGGUUUAGGAAGAGACCGAUGACUGGAGGAAGGCAUUCCAUUCCUCCUAACAUGGAUGGUGUUGGGAAAUCAGCAUAUAACUCGAAUGGUAGGUGCCGAUUCUGUGGAAGGAAACAUGGAACAGCCCCAUGCCCAUCCAAAAUUGGAGCAUGUUUUGAAUGCGGCCAACAAGGCCACAUUGCAAGGAAUUAUCCCCGUCGACAGUCAAGGACGCAACCUCAACAGCUGCAAAUGGGACAACCGGCUGGGAACGCUCCGCAGAACAACCUGAAUCGACCGCAGGCACAGGGAAGAGUGUAUGCUAUAGCUAGGAAGGAGGCGAAGGAUUCGCUUAACGUGGUUACAAGUACGGUCUCUCUUCGGGAUCAUGCUGCUUAUGCACUGUUUGAUCUGAGGGCUUCACAUCCAUUUAUAUCUGAGCAGUUUGUUAAGUUAGUGGAGCUUAAACCGAAACCUUUGAAAGUAAUUCUUAGUGUUACCACCCCACUAAAGGAUGAAGUGUUGGUUUCGGUAGGGUGUCCAGGCAAUAAGAUAAUUGUUGGUGGUAGGGAGGAAGUGAUAGAUUUAGCGAUUUUAGCGAUGUAUGACUUUGAUGUCAUCAUCGAGAUGGAUUGGCUCGUGAAGCAAAGAGCCGUAGUGGAUUGUUGUAAUAGGAUCAUCCAAUUUAAUCCGAUUGGUCAUUCUAGAUAUGAAUUUGUGGGAGAUAGAGGAGGAACCUCGAUCCCUUUAAUUUUGUCGCUUCAAGUAACUAGGCUAUUGGACGAAGGAUGCCAAGGUUAUCUAGAGACCGUGGUUAAUUCAUUGGUUGAGGAACUAAGGAUGGAGGACAUAGCUGAGUGCAUGAUUUUCCCGAUGUCUUUCCUGAGGAAUUGCAUGGGUUACCCCCAGAAAGGGAAAUAG